ACAAUACCUAUCCCCUCCCGCGCCCAUUGUUGUUUAUUCCCUCACAAUAGCCACGCAUACACACUCUCCUUCGACGACAAUAGCGGCACAACAGCUGCACCGUAGACAAUCGACAAGAUGGCAUUCGGCAGGUCGAAUUCGCUGUCUUUAAAUACAGGCGCAACCAACUCGCUCUUCGCCCAGCAGACCAACAACCAGGCUCCACCAGCAGGCGGCAGUCUUUUUGGCAACAACACGUCCUCGAAUAACACGUCGUCUUUGUUUGGCGGCGGCAGCAACACGACCAACCAGAACAACAACAGCAACACACAGCAGAACCAAGCUCCAGCCGGCGGCAGUCUGUUUGGCAACACCACCACGAACACGAAUACAAAUAGUAUUUUCGGCAGCACGAAUAACACAGCAAACACCAACAACAUGUUUUCACGACCGGCAACCACACAAGCUGCGUCCGGUGGCAGUCUCUUUGCUCCCGCAGCUUCUACCAACAAUACCAACAACACCGGCAGCAAUAGCAUGUUUGGCAGCACGGCACGACAACAAGCACCCUCCCUCCUCGGCGCAACUCAAUCCGCGAACCUAUCACAGAGCACACCCUUUGGUAGACUCGGGAUGGGUCAGAGCACAUCUGCACCCGCGACCCAAGUAGCCGCCGCCCAAGUCACCAUUGACAACCUCAAAGGCACGACGCGCUUCGAAGACUGUGUCGAUAGUGUCCGUCAAGAGCUCGAGAACCUCGAUAAGAUGAUACAACAGCAAGAGCAGUACGCUAAGCAGAUCGAGGCGUUCCUCCCCAAGCACGAGGAGGAUGUGAAUAGUUUGCUACCAGACAUCAACUUCGUCAAGGACAAGGCAGAUGAUGUCGAGCAGUCGCUGGCAACAGAUGCACAGGGUGUGGAUGCACAACGUAGGAACGCUGAAAAGGACUCCAAGGACGUGCAACGCUUACAGCGCGUCGUCACGAACCUGACCUUGCCACAACCAUACCAAUACCCCAAUCUGAGCACAAGCGGUCUUGGCAGUAUGUAUGCCUCUCAACAGCGUACACAACAGCAGCAACAGAACGCGCAGGCGGGAGACGAGAACUACGACACAGAUCUGAUUGGCAAUUACUUCUUGCCCAUGGCCGCCGACCUGCAGAAGAGCAUGGACUCGUAUGCCAGCAACCUGAGCGAGAUUGAGCAGCAUAUGCGUGUCAUCGAGGCUUCAACAGUGCAGCAAGCGCAGCAGUUGGCCCAGCGGAGAUCAGGCAUGGGUGGAGCCCAGCCUAGCAAUGACGAGGAUACUGUUCGUCAACUUGCUGGCACGUUACGAGGGUUUGAGGAGAGCAUACUCGGGGUUGCCGGUGUCGUGGGUGACUGCAGGGAUGGUGUGACGCAGCUUGCUCUUGGACGGCUAGGGACGCACAUCAAUGGCAGCUUGAGGUGAUGAAGCCAUCGGACUUCCCUAGUAUUGACUUGAAUGCGCAAGAGCGCGCUUACCAGCAUGGCCUGCUGGACUGUAAUGUGUACGAUUGCGAAAGCUUGAAUGGGUCAUUUGCACACGAUCGGAUCGUUACGAAGAGGUCGAGCACAGGGUUGCGUGAACAUUAGCGAGGAGUUUGGUGAACAGAUUUGGCAUGGCUGAAUGGAUGUGGGAUCAACAACGCUUUUAAGUGCAAGACCGCUAGCGUCGAAAGUGAACCAUUAAGAA